AUGCGGUACCUGUUCGCGGCGCUGCGGGAGCAGCCCCCCCCCACUCACGUCGUGGCGUGUUUCGACGCCCCCGCGGGCAGCCACGCGAUCCGCUCGGGCGUCACGUUCCGCAACGAGAUCUACAGCGACUACAAGAACCACCGCGCCCCCACGCCGCCCCAAGUCAGCGAGGCUGUCUCUAUGCUCAUGGUCCUCCUCCCGAUGAUCGGCGUCCCCGUCGUCUCGGUGCCGGGAGUCGAAGCCGACGACUGCAUCGCGACGCUCGCCUCGCGGUUCCUCGCGGACGGCGUCGGCGUCACGAUCGUCUCGAACGACAAGGACCUGCACCAGCUGCUCCAGCCGGGCGUGCGCGCGCUGCGCUCGUCGCCACGUGGCGCGCCGGGGUUCUUUGAGGCAUACCACGAGGAGGACUUUCGUGCGCAGUGGGGGGGUCUCUCGCCCGCGCAGUUCGUCGAGCUGCAGGCGCUCAUGGGCGACAGCACGGACAACGUCCCGGGCGUGCGCGGCGUCGGGCCGAAGACCGCGAUGAAGUGGGUGGGGGAGUACGGCGACGUGGAGGGUGCCAUCGCCGCCGCGGAACGCGGGGAGCUCAAGCCGAAGCGGCUGUGCGAGGUUCUCACGAGCCCCGAGGGCCGGCACGCCGCGCGGCUGUCGCGCGAGCUCGUGACGAUCCACUGUGGGCUGUCGGUGCCGCCGUUGACGAUGCCGCUCGAGUCGUACGCGCUGCGGGUGCCGGAGGACGGCGGGGUGGAGGCGGUGCGGCUGCUGCUGGAUAUGGAGAUGGCGAAGACGGUGGAGGAGCUGCAGGACAUGUGGGCCGGGCGGUUCGGACACAGGUUGGACCUGGCGACACCUGGGCUGCUCAGCACGUCGCAGACGGCGGUUGCGGACCGGGGACAGCCGUUCUAA